CAGGGUAGUUACACAUCAUCUCCUGCCUCUGGGUCCACAUUUACAGAAUUUUAGAACAAUGUGACUGGAACCGGAGGGAGUUUUGCGCUCUCGAGGCUCGUGUGGAGCAGCAGCCGGCCAGAAUAAACACUGCUACGCUUUUCAGCCGUGCCUUUGUUUGUGAUUUUGGCAGUUAAGCUAGCUGUGAGGUUAGCUCCCCUCGGACUGGCUCGUCAACGGCUGUCAGACUGUCUGACCUGAGAUUAUCAGCUGUCCACAUUAACCUUACACCUGCCCUGCUCUAAUCAUCAGGGAUAAAAAUGGGAAACCUGGGCAGCCGGUUCCAGUCCCCCUCUCAGGGACCGGAGGAGGCUGCAGAGGGUUCAAGUGCCAGCCGCAAACACGGCUGUGAUUGUAAGAAGAGGAAACGAAAUGCUCAGUGUGACUGUGACAGUGAACAAGAGGAGGACGAUGCCGUGCUAGAUACACCUCGCAGGAAGAAAUUGAAAAGUACAUCAAGAUACAUUUAUCAGACUUUGUUUCUGAAUGGGGAAAAUAGUGACAUCCGCAUCUGUGCUCUGGGACAAGAGUGGAACCUCCACAAAGUGUACCUGUGUCAGUCGGGCUACUUCUCCAGCAUGUUCAGCGGCUCUUGGAAGGAGUCCAACAUGAUGGAAAUUAACUUGGAGAUCCCAGACCAGAACAUCGACACCGAGGCUCUGCAAGUCGUGUUUGGAUCUCUGUACCGUGACGAUGUUCUGAUCAAGCCCAGCAGAGUCGUCAGUAUUCUCGCUGCUGCUUGCAUGCUGCAGCUGGAUGGUUUGAUCCAGCAGUGUGGCGAAACCAUGAAGGAAAACAUCAGUGCGAAGACUGUGUGCGGCUACUAUGCUUGUGCCAGCAUCUAUGGCCUGGAUUCAGUCAUGAAAAAGUGUCUUGAGUGGCUUCUUAACAACCUGAUGACCCACCAAAAUGUCGACCUGAUGAAAGAAAUUGGGACGGAGGUGAUGGAGCAGCUCAUCCAGUCCUCGGAUCUGUUCGUCAUGCAGGUGGAGAUGGAUGUAUACACUGCUUUAAAAAAGUGGAUGUUUCUGCAGCUCAAUCCGUUGUGGGACGGCCCCAUCAAGCAGCUGCUGGCUGACGCGGACGCCUGGCUUUGUAAACGCAGGACAGAUGUGUGUGAGAAGGAGCCUUUCUUGAGCACAGAGGAAGGUGCGCCUUUCCGCUCAGUGUUCAAGUUUGUGCGUCUCCAGUACAUCAUCAACGACCUCGCAUCUGCACGCAUCCUGGAGAGAGACAACAUUUUGCCACCUGAUUGGCUGUCGUCAGUGUACAAGAACCAGUGGUUUGCUAUGCUCCGGACAGAAUUUGACAAUGAUAAUGGUCCUCAGGAGCCCAACAAGGAUGAGUUUGAGCUGAGCAGUAUGAGGUGUGGCAGGAAGCUGACUAAAGAUGGAGAUUACUGCUGGCGGUGGACAGGCUUUAACUUUGGUUUCGACCUGCUGGUGACCUACACCAACCGUUUCAUAGUGUUUAAAAGGAAUACUCUGAGUCAGCCAUGUGGGGGCGCUGUGAGUCUGCAGCCCAGGAGACAUCUGGCAUACAGGUUGCGUCUUGCCUCCUUCGAUAACCGAGGAAAGCUGGUCUGCAGUCGCUCAACAGGUUACCAGCUUCUCACCCUUGAGAAAGACCAGGAGUACGUGGUGAUGAACCUGGACAGCCGGUUGUUAUCAUUCCCCCUCUACGUCUGCUGUAACUUCCAGUAUACGUCGCCGCACUCAGACCACCGUCCAGAUUCCUCAGAACCAGAGAGCACUGCUGCUCGCAGCGUGUCUUGAUGUCCGUUCACCAGCCAUUAACUGCUACCAUUCCUCUGGUAAACGCUGAGACACUGACACACGUUUGUAUGUACAAUCCAUCCGCCACCGUAUUUAACACCAUUUCGACAUUGGACAUAUCGUCUGCAUGCUCUAUAACUCAGUGAGAUGUUUGGGGAAAACGUUUUGUAUCUGUGUAUUCAGCAUUUCGACAUAUUCUGAGUUAGCUGUGUAUACAUGGGGUUCGUAGUGUAACAGAGACGUUUAACAGCGGUCAGGGGGGAUCAGACCACCUCCUGCCCUCAUAGCAGCUUCUGUCCGUCUUGUAUCAUCACUAUGUACUGUCUGCACUGGGAUGCUGGACCACUGCUCCAGAUGGAAAACCUCCAGGGCUUUUGAGUGAGGGGAGAUCUGCUCUUGACUCUUAAGACCUUUAAAUAAUAACUACCUGAUGAUGGUGAAAGCUUUCUCGACGAAACCACCCUGGAUUCGGUCCGUCAGUACGUUUGGAGGCAUUAUCAUCGUGGAACAUCAUGAGGGAACAGCCCCAUAGAGGGAACCUGGAGGCUUUCAUCACAUUUCAGAGCACUGUUAGAUCUCGGGUGCUUUUUGUAACUCUACCUUAUCAUCUCUCCUCCCAAGACCUGGAAAUGUUGCCCAUCAUUAGGAUCUUUCAAUCUGCACUUUGAAGACACAACAAGAGAGGAGACGUCUGAAGGGGCUUAGAGUUACAGGUGGAUCCUACCUCUCGUAUCGUCACCAGGAGGACUUGGACACGAGGAACAGACACGAAUGAGGGACAAUAGCACCCUUAUGUGACCUCCAUGACACUGACAGCGUGCACACCAGCGAGGUCAUCUGUUGAAAUUCUUGAUAUGUAGGUCAAUAUUCGACUGAGGAGACAAGUACACUCAGCGUCCGUCCUCAGGUGCGACUUUCCGCAACUUUCCUCAUCCUCGCUGCUACGAAAGAGUCGCACCGCCAGACAUCACUGUUGAAUCGAAGGUAACUGACAGAUGCAGUAGAAGCAGGAUUUCCAGCCUGGGACACAUCACGCCGUAAACUGUUUCAGGUCACUUAGUCUUACGCUGAUCCCGUCUCUGUGAUGUUCAACACCUGACCAGCUCCUUUUAGGGCUUUUUUAAUGGGAAGUCCACCACCUCGUAUUAAUCACAAAAAGUCCAUUUAUCAAACCUGAUGUGAACAAAAACAUCUAGUGAUAUAUCAGCAGUAUGAUGUCAAGAAAGCAGAUUUAACCUGGUGAGACUUGAGGCUGCAGGAUUGUUUAGCUUCAGCUGCAUUUGCACAGUUUACAGGCGACUGUGUGCUGCCAACACCAGCUUUCUGGUGUUUUCAGCAUACCGUCUUUGUUGAGAUUCAGAAAUGUUUGAGGCUUUCUGCAGUACGUAUCAGCUACACUGGUGUUAAUCCAGCCUCCUACGGAUCCAAACAAGAGCAGACUGACUGCUCCCAUCACAUCUCCACUACCUUUACAGUUACGUUUUAAAUACUUGAGUACGAUUCAUUUGCUCAUCAUUUGUUUGGCAGUUUGCUGUUGCCUCGUAUUGAAAACCAGUAAAAAUAUGGGGCGCUGUAAAGCAGACGCGUACUGCUGACUCGUUCUAGUCGGCGUGACUCGUCUGCGUCGCUGUUACCGUCUUUAAGUUCAAAGUUAAAGGUGUUUUUAUUUGGCCGUUAUUUAUUUUUUACUUCAUUUGUAUUUGUAUGGAUGUAUUUUUUUGCAGCAGAAAACAUACGAUUCUCCACUGCCAAUAAAACUGCCCUUUCUGUCGGGCUGCGGUGCUGUCACAGUAAUCCUCCUGUUUGUCCAAUGAAGCUCUUUAAUCCGGCUGCACAGAUGUUUCAGGAGCUGUUACACUUGAUUCAUAUCAUCACUGACUCAUCAUGUACUGGUUACUUAUAUAUUGCAUGUACGUAACACUUUCAUUCAUCAGGUGGUCGUUGUGGAAAAAUCAAGAACCAUUCCUGCGCAACUCCACAGAACCGGUUCAGAACAACUGAUGUUUGUGAGGAAUGAAAGUGGUUUGAUGUGAAGUUGCUGAUCUGGGAAAUCCAAAAGUUGUCCGCUUGCUGUUGGACAGUUUGGUUUAAAAGUGUACGUAAGAUUCAAACUAAAUUAACCAAGAAGCAAAGGGAGAAAUCGUUCUCUGUUUAUUCAAGAAACUUAAAGCUGUUGUGCGACAUUUAUCUGUCGGAACGGCUUGAAGAUCAGAGCGUAGGCAGCUCAGCUUCCAUUUGGCUCCUCUCCAGAGUCGGUUCUGGUCUCUGAAAUAACAUCUUGAUAUAAAUCAGACGUUUAUUUAAACAACAAUCCAAAGAGCUUCCUAUCUCGACUUCUUCAUCCUCAGUCACUUGUUGUUUUACAUUUAUAUGAAGGACCAAAAGUAAGAAUUUAGAGAUCAUCACUUCAUAUCCCAGUUUGAAGACUCAACUGCUGUCUUAUUAUCAUCACCUUUCUCCAUCUGCUGACUUGAUGUCUGUCUUGCUGUAUCAACUCCCUGCUCGUAUCCCAUCGUCAUUACAGCGAACACGAAUUCAUUUUCAGUUCACCAGCCGGGCCGCAUAAUUAAACCAGCUGUAGAAUUAACACAUUUUCUACCUUGACAGUUUAUUAAACCUGGUUUUUUGGGGAUUUUACAUCGAGUCUGCAGUGCGUCGACUGCUCCUUGUAUGAUUUUUCUACCAUCACUCAGGCUGCCACUCUACAGUGUUGCCUUUUUUUUCUUGUACCAUUAUUUGUACAGAACUGAGAAUAUUCCUGUCGUCAUUAAAAUACAUGUUACAAAAAAA